AUGGCUGAGAAUUCGGAGCCGUUGAGGUAUGCAGACGUGGGCAUCAACCUUGGAGACCCCGUCUUUCGUGGCAAAUAUCACGGCAAACAAGCACAUGCGGAUGACCUGGACGAUGUGAUCCAGAGGGCUCUUGAUGUCGGGUGUACGAAAAUGAUGAUCACGGGUUCCAAUCUGAAAGAAUCCCGGCAUGCUGUCGAAAUUGCCCAACAACACCCGGAUGUCUGCUAUGCCACUGUUGGAGUCCAUCCAUGCUCGACACAGGACUUUGACAAUUAUCCAGGCGGCCCCGAUGCUCUGAUCAAAGACCUACGUGCGCUGGCCCUAGAAGCCAAAGAGAGCCGUUAUGCGGUUGCAUUUGGCGAAAUCGGGUUGGAUUACGACCGACUGUUCCUAUCCCCGAUGGACGUUCAGCUCAAAUACUUUGAGCUUCAGCUCGACCUGGCGGAGGAAUUGCAGCUGCCCUUGUUUCUGCACUCAAGAGCUUGCAGUGAGGAUUUCGAAAGAAUCAUUUCGGCGCGACUCGACAAGCUGCCCAAACGUGGACUGGUGCACAGCUUCACAGGGACGAUCCCAGAACUGCAGUCGCUGGUCAAGCUUGGAUUUGACAUUGGGAUCAACGGCUGCAGCAUGAAGACCGAGGAGAACCUGGAGACAGUCAAGGCGGUGCCGUUGGAUCGACUGCAGAUCGAAACGGACGGGCCAUGGUGCGAGAUUCGAGCGUCUCAUGCCUCGUCGAAGUAUCUCAAGGAUGGACCGACGGUCCCAAAAGCCGUGAAGAAGGAGAAGUGGCAGAAAGGGUUGAUGGUCAAGGGUCGAAACGAGCCGGCCACCAUUGUCCAGGUUGCUCAUGUGAUUGCUGGGGUGAAGGGAAUUCCGGUGCACGAGGUUUGUGAGGCGGCGUGGAAGAACUCGACCGAGAUGUUUGGCCUGGGUGUUCCGGUCCAUGGGAGCAGUGCCAGUUGA